GUACGUCAUUUUGUAGUCAUUUGACCUCAGACGCCGGGAGGAGAAUCCAUUUGCCGUUGUUAGCUUAAAAAGUUGUGUAACUGCUGAUAGUUGUGUAAUAAGGAAAGCAAAAAGACACCGCUUUGAGGAGGAUUGUUUUUUUUUACAUUUUCAGAAGGUCUGUCUUCACUCAGCAACCUUUCAAAGGUAGUCUUUCAAACAUUUUUAAGCAAAAAUGUUUUCGCUGGCGACGUCAUUUCAACCACAGCAGAUGAUGGUGCCUCUGGGCCAGGUCAUCAACGCGCUUCACUCUCUGAAGAGCUCAGCCACAGCUUCAGUUCAGACCCUUCAUAAAGACUUUGCUCAGGAGCACAAGUCAUACCUGAAAGAGCCGAGUGUUAGUCUGAGGGAACUGGGCCUUUCAGAGGUCCGGGUGAGUCAGCUGGACGAGCUGGUCAGCAGGUUGCUGCCUGUUCCGAGUUCAGAGGAGCCUCCUACUGUUGCUUCAAUAUGGAGAGCUAGUCACAUCUCUGAGGACAGCUUCUUUCAAAACAAGCAUGGGUUUCCACAGAGAAGAUUACAGGGUUUGGGCCCUCUCGUAUGUCAUAGACGGUAUCACACCCCUCUUCAAGAAGUUUGCUCAGAUCUACAGUUUUUGCCUUUUUGGACUCAGAGCCGGGGUUUUAAGACUCUUCGAACAAAGAGCAGACGAAUGGAGUCUGGGUACGACAAACCGCUGGAGUCUGAGACCUACACACCGGCUUUCAUGAAGGGGUUGCUGACGAGGGACAAGGGGGCGGAGCCACAGUCUCUGGAUCAAGUUGUAAAACAGAAAAACCUCCCUGAAAACCAGCAGGAGGCUUUCAAGACGGGCUUCACGGAGGGCUUCAUGAGGUCUCAAACUUUAACUCAGAGAACUCAAGAUUCACUGAGGAGAACCCGGCUGGUCCUGCUGGUCCUCUUGCUCAUUGGUCUUUACGGCCUGUCGAGAACGCCGUUUCUCUCCGGUAAAGGCUCCUUUUCUGACGCUGUGAGGUUCCGCACCACAUCUGGUCUGGACUCGGCAGUCGACCCGAUCCAGAUGAAGAAUGUGACUUUUGAGCACGUCAAGGGAGUGGAGGAGGCCAAGAAUGAGCUACAGGAUGUUGUUGAGUUUCUCAAAAACCCACAGAAGUUCACCGUUCUGGGUGGAAAGCUGCCUAAAGGAAUCCUCCUUGUUGGUCCCCCGGGAACAGGGAAGACUCUGCUAGCGCGAGCCGUAGCCGGAGAGGCCGACGUGCCUUUCUACUAUGCCUCCGGAUCGGAGUUCGAUGAGAUGUUUGUGGGUGUCGGUGCCAGUCGGAUCCGGAACCUUUUCAAAGAGGCCAAAGCUAACGCUCCGUGCGUCAUCUUCAUUGAUGAGUUGGACAGCGUGGGGGGGAAGAGGAUCGAAUCUCCGAUGCACCCAUACUCCAGACAAACCAUCAACCAGCUGCUGGCGGAAAUGGACGGGUUCAAGCCAAAUGAAGGCGUCAUCGUUAUCGGUGCUACAAACUUCGCCGAGGCUUUGGAUAACGCUCUGGUGAGGCCCGGUAGGUUCGACAUGCAGGUAACCGUCCCCCGCCCUGAUGUCAAAGGACGCAAAGAAAUUCUCAACUGGUACCUCUCUAAGAUCAAAGUGGACCCUGCCGUCGACGCAGAGAUCAUCGCCCGGGGCACUGUGGGAUUCUCCGGAGCAGAACUAGAGAACCUGGUGAACCAGGCAGCCCUGAAGGCAGCGGUUGACGAGAAAGAGAUGGUCACGAUGAAGGACUUGGAGUUUGCGAAGGACAAGAUCCUAAUGGGUCCCGAGAGGCGCAGCGUAGAAAUAGACAAGAAGAAUAAGACCAUCACAGCAUACCACGAGUCUGGCCACGCCAUCGUUGCCUACUACACCAAAGACGCAAUGCCCAUCAAUAAGGCCACCAUCAUGCCCAGAGGACCGACACUUGGACACGUGUCCUUGCUACCAGAGAGCGACCGCUGGAGUGAGACACGGGCCCAGCUCCUGGCUCAGAUGGACGUUAGCAUGGGCGGACGCGUCGCAGAGGAGCUCAUCUUCGGAGACGACAACGUUACAACGGGAGCCUCCAGCGACUUCGACGGUGCCACCAAAAUAGCUAAAAUGAUGGUGACCCGGUUCGGCAUGAGUGAUAAGCUUGGGGUCAUGACCUAUGGAGACGUUUCCAAGCAGAGUCCCGAGACUCAAGCUGCCAUUGAGCGGGAAGUCAGAGUUUUACUAAAGGAGUCCUACGAUCGGGCCAAAAACAUUCUGAGGACCUACAGCCAGGAGCACGAGAAGCUAGCAGACGCCUUGCUGACAUACGAAACUCUGGACGCCAAAGAAAUCCAGAUGGUGCUGGAAGGAAAACCUCUCGACCACUAGACAUUCACGACUUUUAAAAUAUGUAAAUAAAAUAUCUUUUUGAGGCCAUUUUUUCCUCGUUUAUGUUGAUAAUGUGAAUACUACAAUGAAACAACCAUGUUUUACUCCUCUCUUAUAUCUCAUCUACUUUACAUUUCCUGCCAUUAAAAUUCCAUUCGCUGAAUUCUCAAAUAUUCUUACAACAGAAGAUUCUGUAGGAUUUUUUGGGUCAUCCAGAACACCGUAGGACCUUAACGUACCUCUGCCCCGCCCGAACUCUCCUCCGCUUAUCUCUUUCAUGUAUUUUACUCACAUUGAUGCUGUUUUGGUUGUUUAUUUAUUGAAGUGCCCAAAGUGUUUUGUUCUUUAAUACUAGUGCAUGCUAGAGCUGUGACUGAUGAGAGAGGAGGUGUGUGUAAAUAUUUAAACCACAUGAAUGAACUGAUUCGGUGCUUCUUUCUGCUACUGUUGCCUAAAGGCCUUCUUGAAGCUCAAAUAAAGAAAAUUCUCUCAGGAAA